AUGCUGGUCGCCGCGCCGCCCGGAUACCGGGCACCUUAUGCAAUACAAAUUUCCCGUACAUGUACAACAUGCAUCACAAAUUUCAAAAAUUUGGAGCGAUCACAAAGUUCAAAAAUUUGGGUCGAUACAACUUUUGCCUCUCCUCGUCAUAGCCUACUCCUGACCACGAUCGGGCUGGAAAUGGGGCCAGCAAGCGAGCAGGCCCCCACAGAGACGACCUUUGCCGACCGCUGGACCGUGUAUACAAUCGCGCCGCGACCGGAGAAGAAGGAAGGAGUGUCUUCAACCACGAGGCCCGGAGUCGUGAAUGCGCCCAGCAGAAACGAUCUCGCACCGCCACUACAGUCCAGCGGACAGGAGGAUCCCGCUAUCGGUGUAGCAACCGCAGCGAGAGUGGCGCAAGCGGUGGGCCGCGACGAUGCUGGACCGGCGGCAUCGGCUGCGGAGGUUUUCGCGACCCCCUCCUCAUCGUCACAAAUGCCAACGUUGCCUUCGCACCACGGACCGAUGGGGUAGAGAGCGUCGUGAUGGAACCGAGAAAGACGAAAAUCAUGACUUUUUUGAGAAUAAGGGCUUGAAAAUCAAAAUAUUACGUUUUGCGACUGAACCUUCCGGUAUUGGUAUCGGUUACGUUGAGCACAUUUUUGAACCAGAACCAUAAUUGCUCAUCUGGCAGUGCUACUGCUGCUUGUCUUCCUUCAUGCUCAAAAGCAACUUUCAUAAUUCUGCGAAAAUUGCAGCCCUGCGUCUUGUGCUACCAGUUUUGGUCACCACCUCUUUUGCGGUUUGCAAACAAAUGCGAAAUAGAGAAUAAAGAUCGACAUCGAAUGAAUGGAAGUAGUUUUUGUUUGGAAUAGUUUCAACCAAAUAUUUCGAUUACCAACUCCUGUUUGCCCACACGAGAAGAGAAAUUCUAUCCGACGAAAAUGACAUGAACGAAGGAGAAUUCAUGCCUGGUAAGAGAAAAUCCAAAACGAAUAGUGCCAACUAUCACGAUUGCAUCGAAGAAAAGGACACAAAAUGGAACGCGUAUCCCCGUAAAGCCCCCAACUGAUUUGGAAGCAUGCUGCUUUUUUGUUUUUCGUUUUCUGUUGCGGGAAACGCAUGACAAAUUCGCAGAUCGCUUUUUGUUGCGCAUGACAAGUUCGAAGCUUG